CGGCGCGUUGGUGCCGGCCGCCGCCGAGGCGCCUUGCGGUGACCUUGCGGGCGCGGGGCUGGGCCGCGCUGCCGCCAUGUUGGCGUCGCUGGGGCGCUGCGCGGGGCGGCUGCUGCGGGCCGGCGGCACCGGGACCGGCAUCGGGAUCGGGCGGCGGCAUGCGGGCGGAGGGGUGCACAUCGAGCCGCGGUACCGGCAGUUCCCGGAGCUGACGCGGGCGCAGGCGGUGCGCAGCGAGAUCCUGAGCGGCUUCAUGUGGUUCUGGAUCCUGUGGCACCUGUGGCACAGCUCCGACAUGGUGCUGGGCCACUUCCCCUACCCCGACCCGGCGGCGUGGACGGACGAGGAGCUCGGCAUCCCCCCGGACGACGCGGAGUAGGCGCCGGCAGCACCGCGGUCUGCGGAACCGCAGCGGUCCCUGGGAUGAAGUCUUUGGUUCUUCUGUCCUGAUUUCAAUAAAAGAAACUAAGUUAAGCUGUA